AUGUUUCAGAAAUUCCUUUCAGACAUCCUCAACAAAGUGUUGGGAAAUUUUAUUUACGGAAUAGAUGAUGAGCAAUUCGGGAUAAGUGACAUCCUAAGCGGAAAGCUGGAGCUAACAAACAUUCAUUUGAAGCAGUCCAUUGUUGAUCUGAUUGACAUUCCAUGUAGACUAAACUUUGGGUGCAUUGGAUACUUUAAAAUUAAUUUGCCAAUUUUUUAUUUCAUGAAAAAUCCCAUCAAUGUGUACAUAGAAGAUGUGAUCUUAGUGUUGUCAACCAUCCCGCCAAAAUAUUUGGACGACAAAUUAUACAAGGAGAAAUAUAUAGAAAAUAAAAAGAACUUAUUACUAUCAUCAGAGUAUAGUGCCAUUGUUUGUUCCAUAGAAGGGGGAGUUAUAUGGCAAAUGCUGUUGUCCGCAAUAAAUAAUAUAAAUAUUUCAAUCAAGAAUGUACAUAUACGGAUAGAAGAUUUUACAAGUAACCCUUCUACCUGUUUUUCCUUUGGAAUCAGCGUUGAGGAAUUGUUCUUAAGUCUACCAAAAGAUGGAUUGCCCAUCAAGAGGGAUGGUUAUUACACGAAAAAGAAUGAACUGGUUAAUAAUACCAUGAUAAAUAUGAUAACGGUUAAAAAGUUAGGCUUCUACAUGGAUUACCUUGAUAUGAAAAAAAUUAUGAACAAAAAGUACUAUACACAGUGGGAUAAUCUAUACAUGAACAAUUCUAGCUCCUUCGAUGUUCCUGCCCAGGAGGAGAAAAAACACACUACGACACGCGGAAAAAGAAGAAAAAAGAAAAAAAAAGGUAACAGAAAGACGGAGAAACAUUUGAAUAAUUCUGAACACAAGCGCCGAAACAAAGGAGCACACCUGAGCAAAGUGAAAAAUAUCAAAUCGAAUGAAGAAAACUUGAAAGAUUUCCAAAAUAUUAUUAAGAAUGUUAAAAACAGCUUCUCAGAAACGAGGAGGAAUGAGCUUGAUAUAAAAAGUAUGAGCAAAUUUAAUCAAAAAAUUCACCAAAUCAAUGAACAAAUAUUACGAAACGAUCAGGAUGGUCAGAAAAAAUCGAAGCGUGAUCCCAUUAUUGAGGGAAGCCUUACAGACACCAAUGGCGAUCACGCUAAUAAUUGCUCGGGGAAGAAGGAUGGAAAGUGUUCCCUAUCUAUUAGCAAUUUUUACAAUUUUAACCUUUUCUCUAAAAGAGAGGAAAAAAUACUACCAGUUAAGCACAACCUAGGCAUCGACAAUGAUGUCAGCUGGGUUGCCUGCAUCACCAAAUUUUCAGAAUCUCUAGAAAAUCCCGUCCUUAAGGGAAAGAAAAAUGAAAUGAUCAAGCUUAAGAGGAAUAAAAACGUGAACAGGAAAAGUGAUAAAUUUAUCCCACAUGACAAAGAGGGGAAGAAUCAUCUAUUGAAUAUACACUCUCCAGUUAAACACCCAUCAAAUGAAGCCAAGGAGGAAGGCCCAAAUUAUAUCAACAAAGCGGUGUCCUUCUUCUCUCUAAAUUCUUUUACAAACGUUAAUAAUAAAAAAACGAAUAAUCAGACUAGUAAUAGAAGUAGUGAUGACGAGUUGAGUCCCACCAAUGAGCUCAUCCUCAGCGAUGGAUACUUCACCACCCGAGAAAAUGGCUCCGAACAAGAUUACACAGAUAGAAAUAUCUACCUUGGUAAGGACUCCACACAGCCUGGUAAUACACCUUUCAGAGGUGUAAAGAAGCAGAAGAGGUAUGUACGUGUAAAAAAUAGGAGAACCUAUUACGGAACGAAAAAGUAUCAUUAUGUGAUGGACGAUUGUAAGGAAAAUUCGGACGGGCAAGGAAGUUUCCCUUUUUUCGUGAAUGAGGAUAGUAAGGUUUGUCUCAACUUUGCAAGUGACCCGGAAAUGAUAGCCAGUCGGGGUAGACGCGGUGGCAUGAAAAGAUUCGGAGACACGCAGCGAAGGAGCCAAUCGUACGUCGCAGGUGAUUCGGAAUCACAAUUGGAGAAGGAGGAAAAGUUCACAAAAUAUGUAAGAAAGAACGAAAUAAAAGAAAAAAUUCGUAUCAGAAAAAGAAAAAAAAUACAAUCUGUCUAUCUAAUGUACGAAAAAACGUACAAAAUAAGUAAAGAAAAAUUGAAUACAUUUUAUCUCUUUUUACAACUUAUAAAAAAUAUAAAACAUGAGUAUGUAAUAAAUCCGAAUUGCUUUGAAGGGUAUGGAGAAAUUUAUCUGAGUCUGAUUCCAACUGACCAUGGGCGACUUCCUUUUGCUCGAUGCUUCUCAAGCUGGGGAAUACAAAGGAGAAGCGAAAAGGAGUUUGAAGAAUGUCUACCUAAAUUAAGUGUUUUUAUCACUCUGAAGAAUAUAAAAAUAAUUUUUUCUGAUAAGCAAAUAUUAAAUUUUGUCAAGUGGAUAAACUUAAAUUUUGUUACUUACUCUGUUUGGAAGGCAGGAAUUCUCUCACAGUUUGAGAAAGUCAAGGCGAACAGUGAAGAUGAAAUUGCCUACAUAAAUAAAUGGGUGCUAAAACUGUUAGACACGCACACGUCCAAGGAGGAGAAACUAGAUGCAGAGAGAUUCUGCGAGCAGUUCGAAAAUAAUCAUUCCAUAAAUAUAAUUAACUUACUGCGGAGUAAGGCCUUCUGCAAGCUCCAGGAGUUCAAGAAGGAGGUGGAGUUGCGGGGCAAUUCCACUGGGCAGGAUCCAAAGGACAUUUCUCACGGGGUAAAAAACGAGGGAGAAGCACGUAUCCGAGCUAGCAUUGAUGAUGCGGAGAAUUACUCUGUAAUAGAUAAUAAGGCUUCUCCAGAGGAAGGCCAAGGAAUCAACACCGCAGAUGGAAAGGAUAACCAACUGAAGCAAGUGGCCAACGAGAGUAUACACGUGCUUAAACUUUUAAUGAAAAAUCAAAAGGUGUAUAAUAAAAUUAAAAACUCCUUCCGGGAAAAGAUAUUUACUAUAGACAUAUGUAUAGACAUUUGCAUUAUUAACAGUACCUGCUUGGUCACAGUCGAAACAUGCAAUCGAGUAAAUAUGAGGACAGUAAAUUUCGUCAAAACGUACGCCCUGCUCAUGCAGUGCAUUCAUUACCAUAACCAAAUAUCAAACACACACGAAUUGAAGAAUUCCAUAGAUUUAGAGCUUUAUCCCCUAACAUUACUUUUGGUAGUUAAAAAUUUAGACAACAAGUACAUCAAGCCAGAUAUAAACGUACUGUACAUUCUGACGAAUGCGGGUAAGAAGGACAAUUAUGAAAAUUAUCAUAAGAAAUUUUUAUUUAAUGUCGAUAAUUUUGAGUUCUUAAAAAAGUAUAACAUACUGAAAAGGGAUAAUAAACGUAAGGAUGAUUAUGGGAAAUUGGGUGAACGAAAUGAAACUUUGAAUUUCGGGAGCUUAAGACAAAAGCUGAAAUUUUUGGUGGAAGAUAACUUUUUCUUUUUUCCAAAAAGGGAAAAUAAUAUCUACUGUAAUGAGCUAAAUAAUAUCAUCUUAUCCGACCCGUCCAUUUAUCUCAGAUAUGAUAAUCAGUCCUACACAAUUCUGGAGAAGCCAGACCAUCGACUCUUUUUGCAUAACUGUGCUGAUUCCAUAUUUAAUAUAAACGGAGAAAUUCUUAAAUCCUUCAUUGAUGAUUAUUUCCAUUUUUGCAACGUUAGGGAAAUUCUGUCAAAGAAGAAACAAGAAGCAGUCUCUUAUAAGAGGGAGUACUUUUUACAACUGGGUGCUCGAUACUGUAACGAUAUUUUAGACAACUAUACCACACAUACAAAUCUGUUCCUAGAUGUAGAACUUGAAAAGAUACUUUCCAUUGUCAUUACAAAAUCUGGAAAGGGCUCGGAGGUGCAGGGCUACAGCUUAAAUUUGAAUCCCGUGAAGAUCGUUACGCAGCUAACACAACGAAUGGUUUCUUACGAUGAAUCGGUCACUAACAAAAAUGUGUAUGAUUCCUUCUUCGUACAGUUUGAUGGAAUAAAGGUAAGGCGGAUUUUAAAUUGGGAUUACGCAGCGAGGAAUUAUAGAACAUACUUAGAUGAGAAUUUUAUAAGACCCUACCGUAUCUUAUUUCACUCGAAGGGGGAAUUUUACUCUGCUAGAAAGAAGGGUGCCAGGGGCAAAUUUUCAUUCAACCUCAACCGGGGAAAUCACGUACAUAGAAAUUCCCAUCGGGCAAGUACAUUUGCAUGGGAUGGAGAAGUAGGAGCAAGUAAAAGUGAGGCAAGUAGCCAAUCUAGCACUUCCCAAGGUAGCAACAAUGAACAAGGUUACCUCCCUGAACACAAACAAAACAAUGACGAUUAUGAUAACCUAUACAGUUCCAUUGAUAAAAAAAAAAAAUCAGAAAUUUUUAACUUAAAAAUAAAUGAAAAUUACUCAGACAGUCAAUAUUCUUCUCUACAAAAUUACAAACAAAGGAGGAGUAAGAAAUUUUUGAGGUCCACCAGUUGCCCAGCUGUGAAAAAUGGGAAGAAUAUUUCCAUGGCUCAGGGUCAAGAGGAUGGAGAAAAGAGUAACAUAAAAGGAGCGUCAUACAAUGUGAGUAACCUCAAGGGGACUUAUUGUAUGGACAAGGGGUACAGCCCCUUUUUUUUUAGGACAUGUGCAAAUGAAUAUGAAGAGGAGGAAGAAAUGUUGGUGAAUCACAACAUACUGGACAUGUACAAAAAAUCAUCAAACCACCCCACAUACAAUGAUCAGGAUAUACAAAAUGGCUAUUCAUACAUUAACGAAGAAUGUCUAAACUACGAUAAAAGAGACAAUAAAUCUUCCAAUUAUGUUUUCUCCAUGAGCGAAAAGGCUUCUUGUACCAUCCACCUAUGUCAUUUAAAAUUCAACCCCAAAUUUCCCAUGUUUAUCAUGAAGCUUAAAGAAGAAAGUAUGUAUAUCAAUAUUUGCGAUUACGACAUGGAAUUUUUUUUUCUCAUUUUUUCGUACAUUUAUGGACAUUAUAAUACACAACAGAUGGAAAAUAAAAAGAGAAAUAUUUUUUUCUUAAAAGAAAAAAUUAAAUCAACGUGUAAAUUGAACCAAAAAUAUUACAAGGCAUACGCGAAUACACACAAGGAUAAAUCGGCUGUAUCUUUAUUUACAAAAUCUGGUGCAGUGUCGACUCACCUCAAGCGAAGGCACCCUAACAGAAGGAAAAAGACACACGAAAAUUCCACAAACUGUGUUGGCAAUGUUCCUAUCCAUUCUUCUAGUACGAUUGCAAAAGUUAAAAAGAGAAGAAAAAAGUUUAAAGCAGGAAAGUUUGACGAAGGAGACGACGCCCAUGCGAAUGUUCCUCAGGACGAUAGCAUCAUGGAUGACGAAAAAAAAAAAAAAAAAAAAAAUGAUAAGUGUGACAAAAGUGGAUACUCACUUAGGAAAAAAAAGUCAAGCAUGUUUAAAUUGCCCCCAUAUAGGAAGGGGCAAACUGCAGACAUGUUAAGAAGCCCAAAUGAGGAACUUCUCUUAGAGGGUAAAUGUGGCAGAUACAGGAGGGACACGCUUGUAGGGUACUUAAGUGACAGCCAUGUGAGAACCACACAGGAAUUAUCGAUAUCAGAAUUAAGAGCCGAUUUGGCUGGAUUUUUUGGCGAAGGUAGGGAUAAUGGCGAGUUGCAGAAUCACAGUGACUAUUUCGUGACAAAAGAACGCACUGAACGAAGAGAUCCCGAUUUAGAAGGCAACAUUGGCGAAAAAGGAAUCUGCCAAAGGGAGGCAUCGGGGACAAUUAAAUGUAACGAAGAGGAUGAGGAAAACGGAAACCACUUGGGAGGCUCCUUUACAAAGUUAAGUGAAAAAUCAGACGAUUCCCUCUUGUGGAGUGGCAAAAGUCUGAUCGAGAUGAAGAAGAAUUAUCGCCACAGUGGAACAUUUUCUCCAAUCGAGCACGAGAAGAAAAAAAAAUUAGAAAAAGUUAAGAAAAAAAAAAAGAAAAAAAGUGAAAAAAAGAGGGAAACGAACGAGAUGGAACGAAUGGACAACCACCUUUACAACUUUGAGGACCACCGUACGGAGGUUUCGUCGGACGAUGAUUCCUGGGUCGACUUGCUCGAAAAUUAUGACAGUGACGAAUCACUAGAUGACAAUGAAAAAACAAAAGUGAAGAAAAUGCUAAUCGAUAUAGAUAACAUUAAAAAAAGGUUAUCUCAUAACAAUUUCAGCAUUACAUGUAGCUUUUCCUUGUCUAUCAAAAAAAUAUUUAUCCGCUUCUGGAAGAGGAAGAGCCCCCUAAAGGGACGAAACAAAUCCAACGAAUUUUUAAGUCCUAAUACAUUUGAAUUAACAGAAAAUUGUAUUAACUCGCAGAAUAAAAUAUCUUCUACAUUUGGUAGGGGUAAAAAUAAGGCCAAAGUAUCCACUGCACAGGAUGAGGAUGAGAACGUAGCGGUCGAAGGAGACACCUUGAACAAUUUGACAAGCACCUUAAGAGAACACGAAAUGAAUGCCUUCCAUAUGAAAGACAAGAACAACGUUGUGAUGGAGGAAAACAAAGAUGAUUUAUUAUCUAACAAAAAAUUCAUUGCGCUUAACGAAAAUAUGCAGAAAAACAUGUUCAAUAGUAUGCAAUAUGCCAUUCCGCUGUGCACCUUCAUUUUUUCAGAUAUAUUUUUUGUAGCAAAGGUGGAAAAAAAUAACUUCACAUACGUUCUAUAUUCCAUGAAUGGCGUCGACGUGAGGGACGAGACGAACAUUACGCUGCUUAGCAUGAGCUCCAUUUAUCAUAGCGACUUGAAGUUUGUCAACCGGAGCGAGUUCGGUUCGGACAAAGCGGAGCAUAUAUCCAGGAUGAAGACUCGCAAUUGGGGGAGGUACAAAAGUGGGAAGAAGACCCCAAAUGGGGAGAAUUUUCUUCGUUCAGAAAAAUCACGCAAGCUAGGGAAAGUAGACCGAGCGAAAGAGAAAGUGACAAGUGGGGAUGCCCUCAAUACUAACGACAUGAUCGAAACGGAGGACACGUUUUUGGACUACUCCAUAAGUAACAUAGAGUUGCCGGAUCUAGAGAAGACACACCUCGUGUUGCUCUACUUUGGCUAUCUAUUCAAGAACAACCACACGUUCAAAUUCAUAUUAAACAGAACCAAAGUGAAAAUAUUUUGGGAAAUUAUUGAUGAAUUCCUAACGUGGUUCAUAAGCAUUAAUGAAUUGUUACCUCAAAUAAACACAAUUGAGGAAGACAUGAACAGAAAACUGGAAGACAGUGAAGAUAUCCAUUUAGAUUUUUUGCAAAAAGUUCAACACAUAAACUAUGAUGUUAUCUCCAUUAAGCAUAGCAACACAAUUGUUUCUGGAAAUGGUACCUACAAAAUUCCUGUGGACAGUUUGAUUAACCGAUACAGUGUUAUGUUUCAGUGCAACGAAAUGGGCAACAACCCAAAUGGCGAGAAACAUGAAACUGAGGGCACUAUCAACGAAAGGGAUGUAACCUACACCGACAUGGAGGAUGAUUCUACAGACAAAUACUAUCUCAUAACAGAAGAUAAAUCGAUCUGUUCCAACCAAUAUAACACAAUCAUCAUUGAAAAUGAGGAAGGUAUUAAUACCACCUUGAAGGAAAUUCUAUUUCACGAAAACUAUUUUUUUAAUUAUACCUUUAACAAAAUAAAUAAAAAAAAAAACAUCGAACAAAUUUUAACUUCAGAUAGUGCAAAUGUUCAUUUUCACAAAGGGGAACAGUUCCCUAACUGUGGAUCCCAUUCUAUAAUGCACGGAAGUAUCUCCAAAUGGCCUCCCCCAGAUGAACAGAUACGAAAGAAGAAGAAUUAUCUCCCUGAUUAUCAGGCCGAUAAUACUAAGAGAGGAAGCAUACCUUUUGACGACAUAGACGAACUAAACACCUGCCACGAUUGCUUCCAUUCCAAAAAUUUAGAGUAUACUGCCUACACAAAGGAAGUUUGUAAAAGUAAAGCAUACCCCUACGUGCAUGUAGACGUCGAAAUUAAUUACUUCGAAUUAUGGAUAGCUUUAGACCCUGUUAGGGUUCCACAGAAAAGAAAAAAUUCCUACAUGCUGAGUGAGGAGAGCAGUAAGGCCUAUCCUAACGGAGUGAAAAACGUUAAAGGGAGACAAACGAGAAAGACAAGUAUGGUGGACGAAUCGAAGGAAUGGAAAAGGAAGUCGAUUAGCAGUCGCACGAGGAAAGGAGCUAAUCGGGGGGGGAAAAAACGGAAGGGAAGCGAUCCCUAUAGUCCUUACGAAAUGGAAGGGGGGGAAUUUCCUCCAGAAGGGGAACACGCAUAUAAGGAAUACCCAUAUGGAGAAUAUCUCAGUGAAAAACAUGAUAAUCAUGAAAAUGGGGAGACAAAAACAGGUAGGUUUAAAUUUAGAGAAAAAAUGAAGUGGUGCAAAGGGGCCAACAUCGAUAAGCCCUACGUUUUGGCCACAAAGGGGUGCUUGAAGUCUGUGAUUUUUUUUUUGCUCUAUAAGGAGAGUUUAGAAGAUAGGGGAAAGGAAAAAAUAGCCUCACGGGGGUAUUGCGCAGAUAGUAGUAACAGGAACGGUGGCGGUGAUGAGAAUGUUAGUGGUGAUAAGGGCAAUGAAGGAGAUUCGUCUUCUCGGGUGCGUUGGCUAGGGGAUACUCCUACUAAGGAAUUUCCUGAAAGUAGCCAAACGAUGAGCAAAGAUUCCAGCAACCAGGAAAAGAAAAAUAAUAGUAAUGAACAAAUGGAAGCACUAAAAAUGAAAGUGAUGGAUGCAUUGAGUCAUUCCAAUUUGAACAAGGUGUUGGACGCAAACGACUUUGUGAAAAGCAGAUUUAUGCAGUACAUUAGCCAAGUGUCGUCAUACCUCCCAUGCAUACUAAAUAUGAAUAUAUUUCUCUCCCAAAUUACGAGCGCUAUAAGUAGACCAGUCACAAAGAACCCCUUCCUUAGAGCAUACAUUGACUGGAACAACGUUCCCUACAACAACAUCUUACUACAGCCGUGCAGAGUAAACAUAAACUUCGAAAUGAAAAUUCCAAGUCCAGAAAUGCUGAUAGAGAGAUGUUUAGGAAUAAAUAAAAUUACGAGUAUAAAGAUUGCACAGAAGGAUAGCCUAGUGGUUCAAAACGAAGUCGAAGGGAUAGACAUCAACUGUUCAUUCGAACCAAUCAUUCUGAAUGUGGAUUCUAACGCGCUAACUCUACUCAAUCAGCUAUGCAACAUAAUAUUUGAUUUUUCGACCUACUUAUUAGAUUUAUGCACAUCGAAGGAGAAGGAAGAAGAAGAAGAUUUCCUGAUAAGAGGUACAUCCACAAAUGAUAAUUUUUACGACCAUAACAGUGAUUUAAUGCUCAGUGAUAGCUUUUAUUUCAAUGUUAUGAGUACUUCUACGAGCGCCAUGUCGAGUGAAUAUUCGGUAACUGACGCAGAGUCACCACUUUCGAAGCGCCACCAUUUGGAAGAAGAAAUUCGCUCGUUCAAGAAAGACGAACUGAGUAGACUGUUCGUCAGUUUUUGUCUAACCCCUAAAGGUAAGACGCAUUCUAAUCCAUUCCGUGGAGUGAAAUCCGCUGGAAGGGGCAACUUCGAAGGGGUAAAAUCUUUUCGAAGCGUAAAGAGUGUUAUAGCUAGACCAAAUGAAAAGAACCAAUUCGACCUACCCAACAGUCAACACUUAUUUAGAUACAACUCAGAGAAUCACAUCGUAAGAAAAGGGGAUGAUGUUAAUUUCACGCACAGGGACUCAAACGAAAGGAUUAAAACUCAGAUGGAGUAUCCAUUAGAAUCCAACACACUCAACAUGCUAAUGAUGAAUUUUGUGGAAAAUAUAAAAAUGAACUGUAACGUCAAUUUCGAUGUAAUUAUUUUACAAGUAUGGGAUUCGAACACGGCCUACAAUAGGUGCUCUCUAAAUUUUGUGAUUGAGUAUUUUACCUUCCAUUUAUAUUCCCUAAAUAUUUAUGAACAGAAUGUAGAAGGAGGAAGAGAAGGAGCAGACCAAGUAAAGGGAAGAGAGGAUUCCCGAUUGUUAGAUGAUCAAAGGGAUCUUUCUCCUGGGAGAAGUGGAAAGGAUGGUAUAACAAGUCACUGUCUGGGUGCCGACAUGAAUUUUGAACCAAAUCUUGCUUUGGGCAGCAGCUUGGAGGUCUCUCCAUACCGUUUUAGCAAAAUUGACAGAGGGAAGGAUGCCCCAAAGGACGGGGCGUCAUAUGAAGAGUUGUACUCACGUGAGACCUCACAUAGAGGGUGGCCCAGAAGUAGCGAAACAGGGUCAGCUAUCAGACCGUUUGAGAUGAUACGCCCAAAUGAGAAGGAAAGAAAAAUGUACAUGUGUAGCAAAAUCGAUGAGCAAAAUGACAAUCGAAGGGGGAUAAACAUAACCGGAGCAGUGGAUGAUAUCGAUAAUGCUAUAUGCACACAAGGGGUAGAAACCCCCCCAGAUGGAGGAAAAGGAAACCAUUUGAAAAACGACUUGUCAGACUCGAACCGAUGCGCAGAAGGAGGGGGAACUACUUCUACCAGGAACGAAAAAAGUUGGUGGAAGAAAUUUUUGAAUAGUAUGCAUUUUGUAAAAAACAUUGAACUGCUCUAUGUACAUAUAAAGAAAAUAUUCCAGAAGAUCCUUUUUAAAAAAAAGGAAAACGAAAUAAUCCAACUGGGUCAAAUGGAUCAAAUGGACCAACUAAAUCGAAUGGAGAGUAAUACAAAGUUCAAUUCUAGGAAAUUAAAAAAUGAAAAUAGAAAAUAUCAAAACGGAAAUCAAAUCUUCAUAAAUAACGAAUAUAUGUUUAGUGAUAUAAAAAAUUACAACGAAAAUAAAAAGAGCAAAAAUGUGGAAUGCAAAAUAGAAUUUUUAGUCUACUGUGAAAAUUUUAACAAAAAGGAAAAUUCUUACCAAACAUUUGUUGAACCAGUGCGUGUAGAAAUUAUAGCUGUGAAAAAAGAUCUAACUUCUCCAAUACAUCUAUACUACUAUUUCUCAUGGCUGAAUAUUAAUCUCAAUUUUAAUAUUCUGGAUAAUAUCCUAUCGCUAUGUUGCAGUGUCAUCUUUUCUAUAAUAACACAGAGAACGCGUCUGCUGCUUGGUAGGCACAUAAACGAGAUAGACAAAAAGAGAAAUAUUAAGAAACUUCCUCAGAGGGUAAAAAACGACAAAAAUGAAGAACUAUCAUCCAAAAAUGUACAUACAAAUAAUGUGGUGUAUCAAACAGAAUAUGAAGACAACAACACGGAGAAGAAAAACAUGAGCGAAAUGGAUGACACGUACACCUCCAUGUGCUGGCCAAAGUGUUAUGCUGUCAUGCAUGAUGAACAAUACAAGGAUAUUCCUCUACUUACAAAUGAUCAUAUCCUCUUUAGGUAUAACAAAUUUGAUGUCCUACAUAGCGUAAAUCGAUCCCUAGAUACGUACAUUUUCGGAGAGUUCAUUUUGGAGAAGCUCUUGAGGAAUUAUCAAUACUCGUGUCAAUAUCCAGGAGAUUAUCUAGCCAAGUAUGAAAACGAAUUUAAUGUGGACAAGUCUGAUUCUGCUUCGGAACAACUACUUCACAUUAAAUUGUUUAACUAUAUUAAGAGGAAGAAGAGACUUGAAAUGAAUAAUAUUUGUAAGAUUAACAAUUUGCUUGGUCAACCUAUUGCUAUAUGCACUAUACAAGAGAAAGGCGAUUUAUCCUACGGGGAGAUGGAGGGCCUUCAUUCAGAGGCUAAGAGGAGCUCGAUGGGUGGGACUCAUUAUUGCGAUAAUAAACAAAACCUCUUGUUGUCUACUAUUGAUAGGAUAUCAAAGGGGAAAUUAGUGCAAGGUGGAGUUCGCGGAUACGCUGCUUUGUCGAACUUGGGAAGGGUAAGUAGAGAGAAGGAGAAUGAUCCCACCCGUUCGAAGCCCACAUGUCGUGAAAAACGAAGAAGGAGCACUAACUACUUCCCAUCUGGUGAAAAAAACGGCCUCGCAAAGGAAGUAGAAAAAAACAAUUACCCAUUCAACCAGAAUGAUCUGAAUGCGGAGUACACAGACACGUCCACGACGCACAGCAGAAAUACACUCAAGUACCAAUGGAAAAUAUUAAGUAAUAAUGAAUCGCUCGAUUUGCCUACCCACAAAAAUGGAAAAGUGAAAUUUUUCCUAAUCCGAUUCAGAUUACUUAAUUAUAUAUAUGAUAUCCCCUCAAGUAUACUCAACACGGCAAAUGAGAAUGAGGAUAUCAUCCGGUUGGUCAUUCCAGAGAGGAGAUUACCUCCAAAUAUAAACGCACAAGUUGAGGAAGAGCUAUACAAUGAGGAACUGUUAGAAAUGGAUAACUUAUCCCUUGAGAGUAAUUAUCAUACUGUAUACCCAUCCAAUUACACCUCAAAAAGAAAUACUAAUACAAAUAAGGAAGAGGUAUGGAAACCUGCCAAUAUUCCACAACCACGCAAUCAUCUCUUUAUCUUUUUCCGGACAAGUAGCCGAAUUAGUCAUGAAGAAAAACAGGAGUAUGAUUUCUUCCUGUCAUCCAUCGUGGCUAUUAAGAACAACACUGAUUUCCCACUUUAUGUCUUCAAAUCGGUACCAGGAAAUUCCAACAGAAAUGGCAUUUUUAAAGAAUAUUUUCACAAAUACAACACAGUACCUUCCCCCCCACCAACAUACACUCUAAAAAUUGAUAAAAAAAUCGAAAAGUUCAUCCAACACAGUGUGACGGAAAAUAAUGCCCUCAGUGAGGAAAAAAAAAAAAAAAAAAAAAAAAAAAAGACAAUUAGCAACAAUGAUAUACCGAGCAAUUGGGAAAACCAAAUGAAGGAUCAAAAAGGUCCUUACCGUCAAAGCACAAAUGACAAAGAAAAAGCUAUUAACUAUAUUCAACAUAAAUCCUACUUGUAUGGAAGGAAAUGCAUUAAGAAUAUAUUUCCAUUGAUGAAACUAUCCUCCGUAGAGCAUUACAUCUCUGGCGACAUUAAAUUUAGCUCCUUAGCACCUCUGAAAUAUAAGAGGAAAAAAAAAAAAAGAGGAAGAAGAAGUAAACAAAAGCAUGAAUUACAGAAGCGAUUUAUUAAAAAAAAAAUUAAGGAAAUAUACCUCAAGACGUUUUUUAAGAAAACCAAACAUAAGAAGAUUAGCAAAUAUGAAAAUGAUAUUCUCCCUCGUGAAAAAAUAAGGGAUUUCUCUAGACAAGCCAAUCCGUACAGAAAUAUAAUGUCCAUAAAUGAUUCAUUUUUCAGUUUCGCCAAGAGAUCCUCCCAUUCAUCUGCAUCACCAUCUUCUUCCUACUACGCAUCCUCUUCUUUAACUCCACCUCCUCUACGCGUAGCUAAGAACAAUUCAAGUACAUCUGUCAGCAUGAUGGAUCUGUCCAACAUCACCUUGUCGUCCCUCUCCAAUUCCAUCUUCUCCAUUGAAAGCACGCCAAGUAACAGUUCCACUUAUGGAAAUUCCUUGUGUGAUUAUGAUAAAGACAAUUUUGAGGAGCAGGCACUUCUUAAUGAGUACUUUAAAAAAGAGCAAGCGAAUGCACAAGGUGGGUUGGAUCUCAUCAAAAUAUCUAGCAAUAGUAAUAAAUUAAUUCCCAUACCAUUGUACUGGCUCGUCGCAGAAAAUGCAUUCAUAUGGCUCUCAGUACAAAAUGAAAAAAUAUACAAACAGGAUUUAUAUGAUUUUUUAAAUGACCAUCAGAAUGCAGAUUAUAUGUGCACAAAGGGGACUCUCGAUAAUAUGUUAAAUUACCAUUCACCUUUCUUCACGGACACAGCCAAGGUAUUCAAACCAUCUAUAAUUAGGUUAAAAAACCAUCUGUUAAAAGAAAAUAACCUUUUAACAAAAGGAGGAAAUAAAAAUAAUCAGAAUUUAUCAAACAAUUACAAUUUAAAUUACAUGAAUUUGAAGGAGGUGUAUUUCACGUCCACUAUCAUCAGCGUCUAUAAUCCCAAUUACGUACUAAAUAAGAAAGAUGCUCAUAAUUUCUUCCAAAUAAGUAUUGAUCACGCCUUGAUGAUUAAUAAUGGAUUGCCGAGAACCAUGUGUCUAACAUAUGAGGUUUUAAAAACAAAUUCCACUAAGAAUCUGAAAAAGAGCGCUAGCACUUAUACCACUUUUCCAUCGGUGGAGUGCUCCAAUACGCAGAAAACAUCUGUGGGAAGUAACCAGUCUGUUUCUGUGGGUGGCUCCUACGUUAAAGGAGCCGAUGAAAGUGUCUGUGAUCGAUGUUACCGUGGUGAGGAAUUCGCUUCCAGUGAGCAGGUUCCUCCCAGUGAGGGAUUCACCCCAAGUGAUGCUUACCAAACAGCCCAAACGGAUGCGCAUACUACAAGUCAAGAGCGAUGUAACACAGAUGGUGUGCAGGAGGAUGAUGUGGACAUUACGCCUAAUUAUGUGGAGAAUUUCACCGAUGAAUACCCACAGAACAAAGACAAAAGGAACGAACAGAAGAAGGACGAUCCCAAGAGAAGCAUCCUCUUUUUUGACAACCAGACGCGAAUAACACAUAAUGGAGAAAUUGUCUCCAUGAAGGACAAAGAUAUUUUGCUUAAAGAAGUUAAUAACGAUAAAAAUGUUUUCAUAUAUAAAAACAAAAAGAAGGAAAAUAAAUCAAAUGAGGAAAAUACCAAUGGAAAGUUAUACAUAGAAGAAACGAACUUUAUCGUAAAUAUAAGAAAAGAGGGGAAUAAGAACAUACACGAAAUUAGGAUUGAUCCUGGGCAAAGCAUAAAACUACCGUUCGUUCCUCACAACAUAAAUAUCUCGUUCGAUGGAUACAAUUCCAGGAGUAUAUCAAUUAACUAUCCUCAUAAAAAGGGGCGCGAGAAAAUCAUCCUCGAGAAGGAGGUGAAAGAGGAUAUGGCAUCGUUUUUCUCUCUUGAUUAUGCAGAGGAAGGGGUUCCAAAUUAUGGGGCGACUGUAGGGAGUUCCCCUGAUGGAAGCAGUGCUAGCGGGGGUAACUACUCCGAGGGGGUAGCGAAGAUCGACCGCAUCUCGCAUACCAACGGGGUAAGACAUACGAACUACUCCAGUCACAGUCUAGAGGAGGAAUCCUCAAAGACGAGGAAAUUGUAUGCCAACGCUCGCACAGUGGCUCUUGGCGAAAUAAAGGAUUACAUAAAAUAUGCAGACCUAAACAACAUGAAAUGGAAGCAUGAGAAAUUUGAGCAGAAACGAGAAAAUUAUAAAUCUUCCAAAAUGGAGGAAGGACAGAAGCAGUUAACCAUAUGGGCCAUAUUCAACGAAUUUUACGAAACAGGCAAAAACAGAUACCAAGAUAUUUCUUUAGAAAAAAUUCACCAUGCAACAUAUUCAGUGUCCUGCACAUUUUUCGUCUCAGCUUGUGUAAUCAACCGGUUGAACUAUCCCAUUACAUUAAAAAGAAUAAACAACGACAACAUGAUAGUGAUAGAGCCAUACGUAAGGAAAUUAUUACCAUGCGAAUUUGCCAUGAGAAGGAAUAGAAUGGUAAUAUCCUAUGAAACACUCAAAGAAGUAAAAAACUGGAUCAAUUAUCCGUUAAAGAAAUUUAUGAUUAGAAGGAAGAAAUUAAAAAGGACGAGAAAUAUCAUCAAAAAAAAAAAUCAAAAAAUUGUAAGUAGUAUUUCCCUUAUGGAGAACCAACAAAUAAAUUCUGAACAAAUAGACAGUCCACAAAUGGAAGGAGAACAACAGAAGAAUGAGCAGCCCAUCCAGAAUAACAUUUCCGAAAAGGCUGAACCGAACCAUGUACACAUGAUAAGUAAGAAUAGGUCGAAUAUAUUUUGCCAAAUGAAAAGAACAAAAGGGAACUGCUUCUUUUAUGGAAGCAAUAUUAACAAACCACUGGAGUCUGAAGAUUUUAGGAUCACAGAUUUGUCUAUCACCAGAUUGACUUGCUCAAAUAAAAAUAGAAACGUGCCGCAGUUGAAGUACAGUGUAUAUAUGUCCAUCGCCCCCAUGCCGUUCUUUCGAACAACUGUUAUGGAGAUACUACCAUAUAUAGUAAUAAUAAACAACACAAAGAUGAACAUCGUUUUCCAGGAGUAUAUUAAAAAUUACACCUAUUUUAAGUACAACAUGUUGGAGCCAGGGGCGUUUGUCGAAUUUCACCCACAGUCUAAAAAAAAAGCUAUGUUGAAAAUUUGCGGCAUUUUUGAAAAUAGCUUCAAUUACCUUAUUGAUGAUUAUUUGCAGAAGGAGUUGUAUAUUGAAAAUUUGGAGAAGGAGAAUGAGAAACUCUUGGGGGGAAUAAAAGACGAGGCUUGCGCAAGGGGGGAUAAUUCCCAAACCAAGUGUGGCUUUCCCACUGACCGGAACCCGCUAUCCAAUUGCGACUUACCCUCCGAAGGAGGUAUUGCUGUUCCACCCCUGAAUAACAUCUCUGACAAGCUUAGCGUCCUCGUGGACAUCGAACGGGAGAACCACCACAUGUUCAAACAACAGUCGUCGUCCUCUAAAAGCACGUGGAGCACUAGUGCCAUGAACUCCCUUGAGAAGGAAGAUGCGGAGGGAGUCAGUCCAAAUGAUACAAGACCAAAUAAUAUGGUGAAGAAAUACAGAAAAGUGGAUGCGUUCAGAUUUCUUUACUGGUCAGAAGUGCUGGAUCUGACGAGAGUGAGCAUGAUAUAUUUUCGUCAUCCAGUUGUAUCGAAGGAAAAUUUUAAGAAGGAAGAAAAGAAAGUUAAGAAACUAAAUAUUCUUUUAAAAAAUAAUGGCAAAAAUGAUGUUACAUAUUUAAAUAUAUCCAAGGAGCUAUUCAAAACCAAUAGCAUACCGUAUGAGUACACCUGUUGCUCAAUGGAGAUUUCCACCUACAAGGGAUGUAAAUUUGUGCGCUUCCAAGACAUCGACGUGGUCCCAUAUUACCUCUUAAAUCUCACCAAGUACAAUAUCAAGCUGAGGCAGUUAGGCAUAUAUGAUCAUUCUGAAGUGUUGCGGAAAAUCCCGAAAAAAAAGAAAAAAUCCUUCGACGAAAUAUUCAAAAAUUACGCCUUUAAUUUCUCAUUUUACAACCCGUAUAAGGACCCCAAAUUGAAGAUCAGCAUACUUACCUCAAGCAAGAAGAGUGAACAAAAUAAAAAGGAAAGGAAGGGAAACCAUAACGGUCACAAAAGUAGCAACAAUUAUAGGAAAAGCAGGAGUAACAUAAAGAGUAGGAACAACUUGAGGUACGCAAACACGCUGAAAGUAAAUUUGAAGAACGAACUCAACUACCUGAGCCUCUUGGCUACCAAUUAUUUGAAGGACAAUGAAUAUGCGAAAAUUAUUAACGAUAAAAUAUUUCACUUAAAACGAUUUUCAGAACAAGUGGAAAAUUUAAAUGAUGGAAAUCUAAACAUAAUCGAUUUGGCUAAUUCUACGAACGUCAGUUUGUUAAAAUUGAGACAGGGUGAUGCAUUCGUUUAUAUUCUUUGCUCUAAGAAAACGUACAACGGGAAGACCAUUUUCUCGUUUGAAAAUUACGACGAUCUUAUAAGCAACGUUCUGAAUUUCAGGAGUGCAUCCCUCAACCGUAAGAACAAUUACAAACUGCUCAAAUCCUUACACGUAUUCAGCAACAAGAUAAAGAAUGCAUACUUCCGGGGGAGGAACAAGAAGCAGGACAAACGGAAGAAGAGCCGCAAGGGAAGGAAGGACUCCAUCACUAGAAAAAAUGCGCCAACUGGGGAAUACACCACCCCCAAUGGGCUUUAUGCACAUAGUGGACCAGACCCGGCAAGUCCCCAAAAUCGCGCACAUCUGAAGAACCGGCAGAACACAAAUCGAUGGCAUUUAUUAAACCUCUUUAGAAAAAGAACCACCAUGCGUUCUGUUGAAAAAGGACCGAGGAUAACCCACCUUAUUAGAGAUUUAUAUGAGAAAAAAAUGAUCAACAGAGAGGAAAACAAAAAAGACACAUUAAAUUUAAACAUAUUUGCGCACUUCAUUUUUAAGGGAGUAGGGUUAAGCAUCAGUAAUCACAACUUAGAGGAAAUCCUCUACUUCUCCAUGGAAUAUAUAUUAAUUGUAUACAAACAGAUAAGUGAUAAGGAUUUGUUUCACUUAAACAUAGGGUGGCUGCAAAUAGACAACCACACGAAGAACACAGAUUAUAAGAAUGUGCUCUUGCCAAUUAUAGAUUUGAAGAAGAAUCACCAAGUGGACAAUUCAACACACGAGCAGAAUGACAAAAGUAGCUUCUUACCUAAUGCAGGAAAUACCUUCGAAAGGAAAAUGCGCACAGAGGACAUGACCAUCCUUUAUCGCUCAAAGAGGAGCAAAUCGAAUGAUACCUUUGAAACCUUUUCGCAUCACCUUAAAGACGAAAAUGAAUUGUGCAAAAUGAAUUCUAAGAAUAUAUUAAGGCCUAUGGGACUUACAAAAAAUAAAUCUUGCGAGGAUUAUUCCUAUUUCGAGAAAGAUAAUCUGCUAAUCAGUCCAAAUACGAAUAACCCCUUGUCUAAUUCUUACAAAAUGUUUAUCCCUUCCUUUUUCUACGCACAACAUAACUCUGUUUUGGAUGUAACGAUAGUAAAGCAGAAAAGAGGAAACAUGAAGAACUUCCUGGAAUUGUCAGACGUAAAUAUCAAACUUUCCCCUUUGAGUAUAAAUGUGGAUUCCUACUUUAUCAUCGAAAUUUUGAAAAUUUUCGACGAACUGUUAAAAAUUCUCGAGUACGAUUUAACCAAUUAUAAUUCGCUGAAUUUGGAGAAAAAUAUCGAAUUGAAGGACACCGAUUAUGACAGCUUGGAGUAUAAACAAAAUAUGGGUCCAGUGGAGGAGCUUAUCAAGCAUUACAUUCUCAAGGAUUACCACUUAUAUGAGCAGAUAGCCAACUUCAAAUUUAAUGCCAUCCGUAAGGAGCAGGAGCAGGAGCAGGAGCAGGAGCAGAAGCAGGACGAGAAAAACGCAGAGACGUCCUCGAAAAAGAGAAAGAAGAAACAAGGGGAAGGAAGCCACGCCGAAACCACGAGCAGCAAUAUUUUCUACUCCAACACUUUUUGCAACAAAUCGGACAAUGAGAUGCCCGACGUGAGGACCUACAUUAAUAUGGUAAAUGAAUACAAAAGUUGGGGAAACCGAGGGAAUCAGGGAUGCACAGGAAGUGAUCAGGAGGUGCACGCUGAGGGGAUCGAACCUUUAGGAGGACUGGACAAACAGAGGCACGUUGCCACAGUUAACAGCACAAAUAACGCUACAUCUGGAGGCAAAGACCCCAUGAUGAACCAUACAAGCAGCGUACCCUAUCCAAAUGGAUAUCCACACGGGGAAGAAGAAAUGCUAACCCAGGUUGCAACGAUAAAUAAGAACAAAAGAAAGAAUCUAAGGAGAAAUUACAACGCGGAUAUUUUUAACGAAAAAAAACUCAAGUACAUGGAAACUUGCGACAAGUAUUACAAAAAUUUACUAAACAAUCGAAAACGGAUCUUGAAGAAGAUCCAAAAUAUUAACAUGAAGAAUAACUUAAUCAGUUUCGACAAAAUAUUUAUCUCUAAAUUAGAAAUCAAUGAAAUUAAAUUAAUCAUAAAUAUAAAAAAUAGAAUCCUAAGCUAUGACAAGAAAAGUGAAAUAAUGGAGUCUAACGUGAUGAACGCUUUGGUUGUACUUAUAAUGAACAUUCCAAACAUAAGUGAUGCACACUUACACUUUGAAAAGGAGGUUAAGAAAAAUAUGUGUGGUUCGUUAUAUGUAUUAAUAUUUAAUGAAAUUAUGAAUGAUUAUAUAAACCCUGGUAUGAACCAAAUGUUCAAUGUUCUUGGGGCUGUAGAUUUUAUUGGAAAUCCUUUAAUAAUUUAUAAGCAUUGGAAAAAGGGUUACAACACCUUCAUUAAGGAUUUAAAGAAAAGUUUGGAUUCUUGUUCUUUUCCUUUCUUAUUUUGUAUCCUACUUCUGAACAUACUUGGUAGAUUUGGAAAGAGCUUACUAUCGGGAAUCCUGGAAGGAGUGAGUAGACUGUGUGGUAGUUGGAGUACUUGUUUCGAAAGAUUUUCUAGAAAUGCAGAUAAUUUCAGCAUCGUUACAAAUAGCAAUGUUCUGCAAAAUGAAAUUCUAGACCAACCAUCCAAUUGUGCAGAAGGAAUAUGCUACGGGUGCCAGUCAUUUGUAAACAUCCUCACAAUCAGCUGCGUUAAUACGAUUUAUAAACCAUUCAUGGCAAUAAAAAAAAUUAAGGGUUUUAGAAAAAAGGAAAAAGACAAAUUCAAGAUAUUCCUUUCAGUGGCUAAACUUAUGUUCUAUGGUUUGUUCAGCGCAUUUAGCAGCUUAUUCUUUGGAUUAUUCAAUAGCAUCCUCUCCUUUUUCACCUUUUUGUUCAUUGGCACAUUAAAUCAAAUACAAACCGUAACAAUGAAAUCGGUCGUCAGACCAAAAAAAAUGAGUGUCAUUAAGGAGUACGCCAAAUUUGUUAACUACGAGUACCCACUCUCCUUUUCUAAUCAUAUUAUUAAUGAAAAAAAAAAAAAAAAAGAAUUUCUAAAGAAGAACAUUGUAGCUGUAAUUCCGUUAUAUUCCUUCAAAGACAACAACGCUAGCAGCAUAAAGAGCUUCCUCUGGGUUAGCAACAAAGAAGUGGGUUAUUGCCAGAGGGAUAAAUUAUUGUGGUCCUUGUUCACCAACUGCAUUAUCAAAGUUGACAUUCUUCUAAUCCAGGUGGAUCAUGGUCAUGGGAAGAAAAAGCUUUCCAUGUUAAGUCGAAGUAAAAGCAAAAUAAAAAGCAGACGGUCCAAUUUCAGUACAGGCGGUAAAGAGGAUGAUCAGCCAGUUAAAACCAAUUGGAACUUUCAUACAUUUUUCUACCCCCAAAAGUACAGACAAUUGGGGGACUUCAAGCCAUCUUAUUACAUUAGGAUACUCUACCGAUCUGUGUAUAAGAUAAAAAGAUCCCAUCGCAAGCCCAAGUUCAGAAAUUUCUCCCUUAGGAAAAAGGACGACUCCAACCGCAGACUCAAGCAAAUUAUGCGAAAGAACACAUACGAAAGGUACUUUGACAAGCAGUUCAUGAAGGAGCAGCAGGCCUACCAGGACGCGGACCACAGCGACAACCCGAGCGAGGGGGACAAGGGAGCCCAUCAUGACCGACGUAAUGGCCACCACAGAGAUCACCACGCAAACAAUCACCAUCGCGACGAUAAUCACUGUGGCCAUGACAAACAGGCCUCGCCCACAAAGCUGUGCAAGACACAUUACAAGGGGAGCAACUACUAUACCAUAAAUCACACGCAAGGGCCCUCACAAAACAAGGCCCAUAGACGAAAUGAUGGAGAGGAAAACCCAUUACACGGUGGAAAUAAUCACCGAGAGAGAGAAAGGAACUACCCUAGUAGUCGCCCAAGUAGUCGUGUGGGAGAAGGACAGAAGAUGGGUGAUCACACCCUCCGAAAGAGUGAAAAAAAGAGCAGAUUAAAAAAAAAAAGAGAUAUCUAUUCAUACCAACAAAAUGAUGUGCACAUUAAUGAAGAAUCCAGAAGCAUCAACAAAUUGAAACAUAAGAAAAAACACGGAAGGAAACAUCAUACACAUAAAAGAAAGAAAUUUUUAUAUAUUUCAAAAUUGGUAAAAUGCGAAUCGAAGGAAGUUGCUCUGCACGCCUUUUCUCUCCUUCUAUCCUUUUUGGUGCAUAAAUCUCCGUACUACUUAAAAACUGCGAAUUAG